GUCAAAUUGCUCCGGUAAUCCAAUUGAGUUCUUAUAGCUGUAGCCUAAAAAUAGGACAAAUUGACACAAAACACUGUAACCACACGUCAUCAGGUGUGAGCACGGAAAAAAUAAUGCCAUAGAGUGGAUUUUUUGUAUCCCUAUAGAGGAAAAAGUAGGUAGGUUUGGGAAAGUUGCGAGCGGCGAGUAGGGGUGGGAUAGAGGGAGAUGCUGCGGAUAUUCUGAAUAAACUAAGAAGAGGAUUUCUUCAGAUAUCGAAUGAAAUAAGGAUGGGUACAUUUGUGACCCUGGCGGAGGUGCUGGAGGCCCGGGGGUCACCUCUGGAGGAGGACGAGGUCUGGUGUCUACUGCUUGGCACUGUAGAGGCCUUACUGGACAUCUCCUGCAAAGGUCCAGGUAACAUGUGUAGUGUCUUAAGCCCGGGUUCAGUGCUGUUGUCUGCCAACGGCGGCUUUGCAUUUAAGAGCAAUGCCCGCUCGGAGGACCUGGUGUCCUUCACAGCGCCCGAGGUCCAACAAGGACAGGCUGCCUCCAGCAAGACUGCAACGGAGAAGAUGGUUGUUUACUCACUGGGUAUGACUCUUUUCUGGUCUGUGGACUACCAUGUACCUCAAAACCAGCCUGUCCAGCUAAGUGAGCACUUGAACAGCCUGUUGUUGAGUAUGUGUGAGGACGUGGACCACAGGCGGGCCGACCUACUGACCGUGCUGGAGACCUCUGAGCUGCAUCACAAGGCCUCACUGCUGCCCCCUCCUGAGAGACUCAUCAAACAGCUGGUGGAGGAUGUCUACAGAGACUCUGUCGAUCAUGUAUCCAUGACUGAAAAUGGAGCUGAACUGACAGACCGAAGUCAGAUGGUCAGAGAGAGGCUGCAUGGGAGUUUCUCCCAAAACUGGUCUGCGAGGCACAAGUUCUCAGGCACCUUCUCAGGAUCCCCGUUCCAGACAGACCCAUUGAGAACUCCGCAGAACAUGCGCCACAGAGAUAGCUACUGCAGCGUACAGUCACGAAGCCCCUACAGCCCAUACCUGGACAGUCAUCGUCACAGCAUCACCCGUCCAAUCACCUCCUUUGAAUCGUCAAACAGUCUCAGUGAGAGAAGACUCCAGGAUAUGGGGCCUGAGUUCAUCCGGAUGUUAGAAGAGCCACUGUUAGUCUUGGAACUACCCAUGUCAAUAGUGUCAAAGAAGGGGAAAACAGCAUCCAGCCAGAGGGGGCUGAGUGUGAUCAUGCCAAACGGCCAGAGCAUUGUAGUCAAGUGUGACGUCAAGUCCACAGGCGGGGAUGUGUUCGACAUGAUUGUGGCCCAUUCAAACCUGGUGGAGCACUUUUACUUUGGCCUUGCUUACAUUGAUGAUAAUGAGUUCUUCUUCCUGGACAAUGACACCAGGAUAUCCAAGGUCGCCCCCGACAGUUGGAAGAAAGUGCCUACAUCCACAUUUGUUCUUUUCUUCAGAGUGAAAUUCUUCGUCAAAGACAUUUCUCUCCUUUCACACAAGCUGACCUGUCACCAGUACUACCUGCAGCUGAGGAAGGAUUUACUGGAGGACAGAUUGGCGUGCCAUGAGGAGACCGGCCUGUACCUGGGGGGACUGGCGCUGCAAGCUGAAUAUGGGGAAUGCAGGCCUGAGGUGUAUGGGAGGAACUACUACAGACCCGACCAGUACGUAGCUAAGAGCAUCAUGGAGAAGAGGGCCUUGCCUUUCCUCAGGGAUGAGUUGAUACGUCUGCACAACAACAAUGGCCAGAUGCUCCCAGAUGAAUCAGAGCUGGAGUUCCUCAGGGUGGCCCAGCAGCUUCCAGAGUAUGGAGUUCUUUUCUACAAUGUGGCCCGAGAGAAGAAGCCAGUGGUCGGGGAGCUGGUUAUUGGGGUGUGUGCCAAAGGAGUCAUGGUCUACGAGGUCAAAGAGGGCCUCCGUUCCACCAGUCAGACUUUCUACUGGAGGGAGACUUCCAGCAUCUCCUCCUCUAGGCGCAAGUUUGUUAUUGAGAGUCGGGGAAGUAAGAAGAAACAUAUGUUUGUGACAGAACGCUCGAAGAUUGCCAAGUACCUAUGUAACCUCUGCUCCGCCCAGCACAAGUUCAACAAUGAGAUGCACUCCAGACAGCUGAGCCACAGUCUGGCCUCAGGGUCCACUUUCCCUGCAGAGGAGAGCAUAGUCCAGUAUGCUGCGGUGUGCCGCGCCCAGAACAGCCAGAGAAGGAGCGUCUCCAUCUCUGAGGCACCGCUGAACGACAGCCCACGACAGCCCACGCCCAAGAACAACUCCAUGACCAAGCUGUGUGACCACAUCGCCUCCAGGAUCGAGGCCCGCUUAAAAAAGGAGAAGGAGCUUUAUGAACAGAGUGGUGGGUGUCAGUUGGAAGGCCAGAACUCCACCGCCUGUUCCCCAAGGAGUAGCUCUGUGGCCCUCUCCUCCUCCUCUGCCUUAAGAGAUAACCCAACCAAAAGUGCCAUAGCAGAAAGAGAAGUCAUAUCUGUGUCCUUAAAGAAAGACCCGAAGCUUGGCCUUGGAAUAGUGAUAGUGGGGGAGGAGACUGUGGGGAGGUAUGACCUGGGCAUCUUUGUAGCCUCCAUUGUGCCUGGCGGACCUGCCGAUAAAGAAGGACGUAUUAGACCAGGUGGUCGACUCAUCUCCUUGAACCAGACUAGUCUGGAGGGCAUGACCUUCAGCGAAGCUGCAAAGAUCAUGCAGAACAGCCCCCAGGAGGUACAGCUCAUAGCAUCGCAGCCUAAAGUUGCCUUAACACCAAAUAGUGUGAGGUCUCCUCAAAUGAAAAACUACAAAUCCCAGACCACCCUAACAGCUGACGGACGGUCUGGGGAGGACGACCUGGAUGAGAUUGUGUCAAUCAUGAUGACCCCCAAGACUGGCAGUAGGCUCCAUGUCCCCGACGUACGCAUACUCAACGCCCAGGACAUGUGCUCCAGGUCGUCUCUGUCUCUGAACUGCGUGAGACCAGAGGAGAUCAUCACUGUGGAGUUGAAGAAGAAGACUGGGAGUCUGGGGAUCAGCAUUGCUGGUGGUGUCAACACAGGCCUUCGCAAUGGUGGAAUCUAUAUCAAAAGCCUUGUUCCCGGGGGUGCUGCAGAGAGAGACGGACGCAUUCAGACAGGAGACCGAGUGCUUGUGGUGGAUGGGAUCAACUUCAAGGGUUUCACACAUGAGCAGGCCGUGGAGUGUCUGGCUAAAACUGGAGAGGUGGUGACCCUGGUGGUGGAGCGGGAGGUCAUGACCUUGCCCCGUGUAAGCCUGAGCCCAGACACCGACAGCAUCUCCUGCCACAGUGCCAGUCCAGAGGUCAGCCAGAUGAGGAACAACAGCUGCCCUGCCAUCAUCACCACGCCCUACACCCUCUCCAACAGGCUCAAGGACUAUUACUUUGUCUCUGAUGACAACACCCUGGAGGUGACCUUGAGGAAGAGCCUGAACAGCCUGGGCUUCAGCUUCCUGCUCUGUGAGCUGGACCCCUCUGGAGGCUUAGGCAGCCUGGUGAGGAUCAAGCAGCUUUUCCCGGGACAGCCAGCCCAGCAGAGCGGCAGCAUAAAAGAGGGUGAUGUCAUACUGGCGGUCAAUGGUGAACCACUCAAGGGAUUGUCCUAUCAGAGGGUGCUCCAGCUGCUGAGAGGGUCCCCUCCGGAAGUCCGACUGGCGCUCUGUCGACCUUCUCCAGGAAUUCUGCCACAUAUUGACACAUUGACUGGCACCUGAGUGAUGUCACAGGAAAGUUCACCAGCAUCAAAUUACAUUCAGGAGACUACUUCCUGAUUAUCAGAAAAUCCUGGGUUCUGGGUGUGGUUCCAGAUCUCUAGAAUGAAUCAGUGGAUUCAUGCAUCAGAGAUGGUGGGCCUCCCAGCAAGAUGAAGAAAGACUGCAGUGGAAUCUGCACGUACAGAGGAGAGCAUAGUCCAGUAUGCUGCGGUGUGCCGCGCCCAGAACAGCCAGAGAAGGAGCGUCUCCAUUUCGGAGGCACCGCUGAACGACAGCCCACGACAGCCCACGCCCAAGAACAACUCCAUGACCAAGCUGUGUGACCACAUCGCCUCCAGGAUCGAGGCCCGCUUAAAAAAGGAGAAGGAGCUUUAUGAACAGAG